AUGCUCGGUUUCGACGACUCCUCUCACCUUCUCAUCGAACACGGGACAAGCAACCGUCAAUGUCACUCCCUGAGGCGUGGCACCACAUCGGCGUGGCUUCUUGGCCUCGCCGCCGUCUUCUCGCUCGCAGUCAUGGCUGUGCAAUCAGGCGGCUCUGUCUCGCGGGGUGUCGACCUAGAGCUGUUGAGAUUUGCGGAAGAGAGGCGGAGCCGAGCUGCUCGCUGGCAAGAUGCGAUCCAGGACUCAGCGAUCGAGGAUCCAAACAAGCCGGUCCGGCCGGGCGACACGUCGUGUGUCGACCACACCGACGGCCGCGUCUACUCCUUUGCGCCUGCGGUGAUGCCCUUCUCCUGCCCGCCGUGCGGCGAUCAGAAUCACGAGCCGGUGCUGUGGCCUGGCGGCGCGAUCCCGCCCACCCUCCUCGACCAUUCCCGCGUCGUGCCUUACGAGAUCGAGGACGUGCCGGGGGCGCCGCACGUCCGCGUCGGUGACGAGCUCAACAGCACAUACGGCGGCAUCCAGAACAGCGCCCUCAACGCCAUGUUCUACAUCGAGCAGGUGAGCAGCGUUCGCUUUGUGCGGCGCAACAGCGAGCCGAACUUUGUGCGUUUCGUGCGCGACUCGUCGCCAUGCGACGGAAGCAGCAACUUUGGCGUGUGCGGGGGCAUGCAGGAGAUCCACAUCCCGCACAUCGGCUGCUACCAGGCUAUGUACGGCGGGCAGCCCACCGAGCAGCGGCUGCCCGGCGGCGCGCACCCGGUCCGCUCCAAAGCGAAUGUGCUUCAGAAGGCCGUCUUCACCACUCCCGUCGGCAUGGCGACGCACGAGACGAUGCACGCGCUCGGCCUAUUCCACACGCAAGCCUACCCGAACCGCGACGCGUUUGUCCAGAUCCACUGGGACAACAUCAAGGGCAUGACCCCGUCGGGCGUCGUGGGCACGGAGCAGUACGAGAUGAUCCCUUUUGACACCUUCAAGGACCCAAAGCAGGCGGAGGUCGCGGCGAUGCCGUUUGAUUUCGAGAGCGUGCUGAUCUACAUGGACACGGCGUAUGCCAUCAACUCGUCCCUCCCGACCAUGACGCGGCCCGACGGCAGCCCGCUGCCCCGAGGGACCGGGCAGCGGGUCCGCAUGAGCGAGUCGGACAUCUCAAAGAUCAACACCCUCUACCCGGAAAGGAGGCCGCCGGCCGGCGUCAAGACCGCUGCGGGCGACGUCGACGCCCCGCUCUAGCGCGAGAUCGAUCUCACAGCGCUCCAGCGGCUCCGCCCGGGCCCCCGCGCCCCCCGGCGCCCAGGCCCCCGUUCGACGACCUACAUCCGAUGGAAAGGGACCCGAACAGCUCCUCCGAGUGUGAUGGCUUCGUAGGACGUAGCCCGAAAGGGAGAACCUUGCUGUGUGCCUC